UAGAUUUUGAAUGUAGCACUACUGGCGUCAGAGGACCUGAGGACAAGGUUCAUGUUUACCUUUGCAAGAAUGGAGUUGGGAUAAGAAUUGCGGCGCUGGAGAAAGGAAGAAUGAUGCUAUUUUCACCCAUAUUGAUGUUACAAGAGAAGACUCAGGCAACCACAACUGUGUGUACACGAGAAAUAAACUCAUACCCAGUCAGGUGAACUCAACCGGGGAGAAUUAUCGUGUCUUUCAGGUCUAUGCAGAUGUGGAAGGAAGAAAACCGUUACAGAAUCACCCACCACAACAGGACCAAGCGGCGUGGUAACGGCCAGCAGCAACAGUGGCCAAAGACACAGGACUCUUGGACAUGGGAGGAAAUCCUCGACGGGAGAGGACCCUGGGCUAAACCAGUGGAGUGUAGCCGCCCCAAGGUGCAGCAGGAGAAGAGGCAGCAGGAGCAGCGCAAAGAGGAAUGGACAUGGGAGGAUGGUAAAGGACCCUGGGCACAGCCAGGAGAAUAUCGCCGCCCCAAAGAAGAGCUGGAGGCAGCGAAAGCACUGGUAUGAGGAGGCAGCACAGCGCUGUGGAUGGAAGCCCGAGAGUCAGACCCAAAAAUUUCUUGGCGGGGGAACACAGGGAGUAUGGCGAAGCCAGGUAGGAGACCUGCGCCAACUUCCUGUGCUUACCGGGGGGCGAGAGAGACCGGGCAGGCACCGAGCCAAGGGCCAUGAAGCCGGCUCUACGCAUCUGGUCUCCAGUGCGUCUCCUUGGGCCAGCGUACAUGGCACCAGCCUUGCGCAUGGUGUCCCCGGUUCGCCUGCACAGCCCAGUGCGGGCUAUUCCACCUUGCCGCACUGGCAGGGUGACCGGGAGCUUUCAACCAGGUAAGGUUGGGCAGGCUCAGUGCUCAAGAGCUCUUGUGCGCCUGCACGGUCCGGUCUAUCCAGUACCACCUCCACGCAUCAGCCCUCCGGUGGCAGCUCCCCGCACUCACCCUGAGGUGCGUGUCCUCGGCCCAGUACCACCAGUGCCGGCACCAAGCACCAGGCCUACAGUGCGCCUCGCCUGUCCAGCGCUGCCAGAACCUUCCUCCUCUCCAGCGCAGCCGGAGUUUCCCGCCUGUCCGGCGCCGCCUGAGCUGCCCGUCUGCCCAGCGCCACCUGAGCUGCCCGUCUGCCCAGUGCCGCCUGAGCUGCCCGUCUGCCCAGUGCCGCCUGAGCCUUCCGUCUGUCCACAGCUGCUAGAGUCUCCCGUCUGUCCAGAGCUACUAGAGUCUCCCGCCUGUCCAGAGCUGCUAGAGUCUGCCGUCUGUCCUGAGCUGCUGGAGUCUCCCGUCAGUCCAGAGCCGCCGGAGUCUCCCGUCUGUCCAGAGCCGCCGGAGUCUCCCGUCUGUCCAGAGCCGCCGGAGUCUCCCGUCUGUCCAGAGCCGCCGGAGUCUCCCGUCUGUCCAGAGCCGCCGGAGUCUCCCGUCUGUCCAGAGCCGCCGGAGUCUCCCGUCUGUCCAGAGCCGCCGGAGUCUCCCGUCUGUCCAGAGCCCUUGGAGUCUCCCGUCUGUCCAGAGCCACCGGAGUCUCCCGUCUGUCCAGAGCCGCCGGAGUCUCCCGUCUGUCCAGAGCCGCCGGAGUCUCCCGUCUGUCCAGAGCCGCCGGAGUCUCCCGUCUGUCCAGAGCCGCCGGAGUCUCCCGUCUGUCCAGAGCCGCCGGAGUCUCCCGUCUGUCCAGAGCCCUUGGAGUCUCCCGUCUGUCCAGAGCCACCGGAGUCUCCCGUCUGUCCAGAGCCGCCGGAGUCUCCCGUCUGUCCAGAGCCACCGGAGUCUCCCCUCUGUCCAGAGCCGCCGGAGUCUCCCCUCUGUCCAGAGCCGCCGGAGUCUCCCCUCUGUCCAGAGCCGCCGGAGUCUCCCCUCUGUCAUGAGCCGCCGGAGUCUCCCGUCUGUCAGGAGCUUCCAGAGCCGCCAGUCAGCCAGGAUCUUCCAGAGCCGCCAGUCAGCCAGGAUCUUCCAGAGCCGCCAGUCAGCCAGGAUCUGCCAGAGCCGCCAGGAUCUGCCAGAGCUGACAGGAUCUACCAGAGCCACCAGGAUCUGCCAGAGCCGCCAGUCAGCCAGGAUCUGCCAGAGCCGCCAGUCAGCCAGGAUCUGCCAGAGCCGUCAGUCAGCCAGGAUCUGCCAGAGCCGCCAGUCAGCCAGGAUCUGCCAGAGCCGCUAGAGUCAGCCAGGAUCUGCCAGAGCCGCUAGGAUCUGCCAGAGCCGCCAGUCAGCCAGGAUCCGCCAGAGCCGCCAGUCAGCCAGGAUCUGCCAGAGCCGCUAGAGUCAGCCAGGAUCUGCCAGAGCCGCUAGGAUCUGCCAGAGCCGCCAGUCAGCCAGAAUCCGCCAGAGCCGCCAGUCAGUCAGGAUCAGCCAGGAUCCGCCAGAGCCGCCAUUCAGCCAGGAUCCGCCAGAGCCGCCAUUCAGCCAGGAUCUGCCAGAGCCGUCAACCUGCCUGAGCUAUCUCUUAGUCUUGGGCUACCUCUCAGUCCUCAGCUACCUCUCAGUCUUGAGCUACCCCUCAGUCCCGAGCUACCUCAGUCCCGAGCUGUCCCUCAGUCCGGAGCUGCCCCUCAGUCCGGAGCUGCCCCUCAGUCCAGUGGGGCCCUUUGGUAAGGUUACUAGGCCAAGGUCGGCGGCGAGGGUCGCCACUCAAGGGACGCUAAGUAAGCGGACUAAGACUGUGUUGGAGUAGCGUCCACGUCCCGCGCCAGAGCCGCCACCGUGGACAGACGCCCACCCAGACCCUCCCCUAUGGGUUUAGGUGUGCGGCCGGGAGU